AACAAACGUGCGUUUGUGUUAAUAUACAGUUAGCAGUGUGGUUAAGGUUAGUUUUAAAAUCAGAUUUUAAAUUGUAGAUAUAGGCGGGGUUUAUGACUGUGUUAACAAGUGACAACCACUCUCAUUGGCCAGACCGCGUGUGUGUAAUUUACACAGUAAGUGGUGCGCGGCUCAGUCAAAACAUUGUUACCUGUUGUUAAUGCUUGAAAGAUUCCACGCUUGUACUCAUGACGAAAAGGCGAGCUGAAUACGUUUUGUUCCACGACACGCCUGUUAAAAGAUCAUGUUUUCGUCCAUUUGACAAAUUUGAUACGCAGUUAGAAAGCAUGGCUGCAGCCGGGUGCGUGAGUCCGCCAUCUCUGCUCGCUUUGUUGGGGAGACGCUGCAAAAAGAGACCGUAUUAUUUCGAAGAUCAGGAGGAACAUCAAGAAACACUUAAACCGCGCAAGCUGUCAAAUAGUGAACAUCGGGUCAGUGCACCACCGAGUGUGCUGGUAAAUAAUUCUGGAAGUAUCCGAGAGAGUGCAUCUGCAGACUCUGGUUGCUCAACGGUGACCUCUAAGAAACGUGCACGAGAUAACACUGUCACAAGAUACGAUGCUCCAAGGAUUGUCACACACAAAGAUGAUGAUGGCAAUGACCUAUGCACUUUCAACUCAUUCCAGUACUGGAGGGUCCCUCUACCCGAGCUGGACAUUUCACUCCUUCAGAAUGGAAACCUCUCUGGAUCAAAUGGAGAACCCCCUGCCAAAGAAUUAUCCUGUGAAGCCAUGGAGUCAUAAAUUUGAAUUCAUGAAGGUCUGCCCACCAUGGAACUCUUAUGAGAGGUGGCCACCAGUGGAGGCUGGUGGGAGAAGCUAUAGGAGGACUGUCUUUGUCCCAUGGCUUGAAUAGAAUUAAUGGAACGGAGUCAAACGUGCUUUACAUGCGUCUGAUACCAUUCCAUUUAUUAUAUUCCAGCCAUUACAAGGAGCCUGUCCUAUAGCUCCUCCAACCAGACACACUGCCCAUCAGAGCCAUAGCUUUAGAUCUAUACUGUGUAGACCAUGGGGUUCUCAAAGUGGGGUACGUGGACACCUGGCCAGAUCUCAAAAUAUAUACUGAAUAUGACAUUUUAACCUUAAAUGUUAUAAAAUUAAUAUUACAAAAAACAUAUUAAAUUGCUUUUGGCCAAAGGAUCUGUGGAAUAAGUUUAAAGUGUGUAAUACAGUGUGAUGUUAUUAAUCUACAAUUGGUGUUCUUAACCCUGGGCAACAUGGGCCUGGGAGGCUCACAGGGAUAUUGGUAUCCACAGUACUCUACAAAUAAUCAAUUUGUCAACUCCAUACUAUUCCCCCAAAUUUUUGUUUUCACAUGAAUGCACUGUAAUUUAAGAUUUAAAGCCGCAAUGUUACCUCUGGCUCAUCGCAAAAUUGCAGCAUAUUAUCUUUAAAGCUGCAACAACAAAACAGCUCUGCCCCAUGACACAAUUUGUAGAUUUGCAGGAAAUUAGCUUUAAAACUGCAACAUUUUCGCUCUUUCACCUGGCCUGAGACACUAACUCUGAAAUCUGGCUACAUGGUUAUUGUACCUGCUUUGAACACAAGGAUAAAGCUGUAUGUACAGUGCAUUCGGAAGGUAUUCAGACCCCUUGGUUUUUUCCAAAUUUUGUUAUGUUACAGCCUUAUUCUAAAAUGGAUUAAAUAACCCACCCCCCCCUUUUCAAUCGUCACACAAUACCCAUAAUAACAAAGCAAAAACUUUUUUUUAGUAAAUUUAUGAAAAAUAAACUGAAAUCACGUUUACAUAAGUAUUUAGACCCUUUACUCAGUACUUUCUUGAAGCACCUUUGCCCGUGGCUAGAGCCUUGAGUAUGCCACUACAAGCAUGGCACCCCUGUAUUUGGGGAGUUUUAUCCCAUUCUUCUCUGCAGAUCCUCUUAAGCUCUGUCAGGGUGGAUGGGGAGUGUCACAGCAGCUAUUUCAAGUCCGGGUUCAAGUCCGGGCUCUAGCUGGGCCACUCAAGAACAUUCAGAGACCUGUCCCGAGGCCAUUCCUGCGUUGUCUUGGUUGUGCACUUAGGGUCAUUGUCCUGUUGGAAGGUGAACCUUCACCCCAGUCAGGUCCUGAGCACUCUGGAGCAGGUUUUCAUCAAGGAUCUUUGUACUUUGCUCUGUUAAUCUUUCCCUCGAUCCUGACUAGUCUCCCUGUCAAUGAAAAAUAUCCCCACAGCAUGAUGCUGCCACCACCAUGCUUCACUGUAGAGAUGAUGCCAAGUUUCCUCCAGAUGUGAGGCUUGGCAUUCAGGACAAAGAGUUCAAUAUUGGUUUCAUCAGAGCAGAGAUUCUUGUUUCUCAUGGUUUGAGAGUCCUUUAGGUGCCUUUUUGAAUACACCAAGCGGGCUGUUGUGCCUUUUACUGAAGAGUGGCUUCUGUUGGGCCACUCUACCAUAAAGGCCUGAUUGGUGGAGUGCUGCUGACUGAUAUGGUUGUCCUUCUGGAAGGUUCUCCGAUCUCGACAGAGGAGCUCUGUCCGAGUGACCAUCGGGUCAUUUUUUUGGUACUGUCCCCAGAUCUGUGCCUCGACAUAAUCCUGUCUAAGAGCUCUACGGACAAUUCAUUUGACCUCAUGGCUUGGUUUUUGCUCUGACGUGCACUGUCAACUGUGGGACCAACAGGUGUGCCUUUCCAAAUCAUGUCCAAUCAAUUGAAUUUACCACAGGUAGACUCCAGUCAAGUUGUAGAAACAUCUCAAGGAUUAUCAAUGAAAUAGGAUGCACCCGAGCUUAAUUUCGAGUCUCAUAGCAAAGCGUCUGAAUACUUAUGUAAAUAAGGUUUUUCUGUUAGACUUUUAAUACAUUUGCAAGAAUUUCUUAACCUGUUUUCGCUUUGUCAUUAUGAGGUAUUGUGUUAAUUUUAGAAUAAGGCUGUAACGUAACAAAAUGGGAAAAGUAAAGGGGUCUGAAUACUUUCCGAAUGCACUAUACAUACCAGGGCUACAGUGUCAUUACCAUGGAAAUACAACUAUAUCUAUAUGGCUUACAGCAUGAAACCAGAGUAAAAUUAUUUCCACCAGUUGGGACCGGCAGGGGCGAACUGGCUAUUUGGCAUUUGAGUCAAAUGCCAGAUGGGCUGGUCCAUUUUUGAUCCACUGGGCCUGUCUAACUAGUUACUUUUUUUUGUUUGCAAAAUUAUCAUUACUUGGCUUAUAAUGGGGGCCUCAAGGAAAAAAUGGGCUGGUGGGGGGGCCUUGGAUAAUAGGCAGAUGUGUCAGAAAUGCCAGUCCGCCCCUGGGGACCGGUAUUUGUAAGAGCUUUUAUACACUGAACACUAAUUGUUUUAUUACUUUUAGGAGAUAAAUCAUUGACAUAGCGUCAUUAAACGGCAUUCAGUGCUCCUUUUUUAUCUUCAUGUAGCCUACAGUAUAUUGUAUUGGGAUGAAAUGUGUGUUGUAUGCAGCUAGUUGUUGGUACAUUAACUCACCCUGGCUACUUUGAUGGUUUUUCAAAGUGAAUGGACUAUUUUAUUUGAACUAAACCUAAACUAUGCUUUUCCUCUAGCUGGGCUUGCUGUUGGUCAUAGCUAGCUGUUGGAUUCUUACUUUAAAUUGCAUUCCAAAUAGAUGGAUUUAUUGAUGAAAGAAUUGAUGUAUUAAUCAAUGAAUGUCUAUGUUAAGGCAAACAUGCGGAAGUCGUUACUCUGUUUACAAGUCUGCUCUUCAGUCUGUAAACUGCCGCUCAACAUGUUGUAUACAGUACCAGUACAUUCUUUGUGAGGUAUUUUUUCACUUUGUCAUUGCAGAGUAUUUUGUGUAGAGGUGAGGGGGAUUUUUCUUCUUUUUAUCCAUUUUGAAUUUAGGAUGCAACACAAUUUGUUUUUGUUAAGUCAAGUGGUAUGCAUCCUUUCUGAAGGCACUGUAGGUAACACAAGGCAAGUUUGAGGUCUGUGUUGGUCUAUACAGUUAUCGCUUUGUACAAUAAAACUAUUAUUAUGUA